AUGAAAUGUCUUCAGUGUCCUAUUCAGUACGGCAUCCGAGAUGCUGGAUUCACAGAGGUGAUGGUCAGCAUAUUACCGGCUCUAGAGGAGGAAGUUACUGUAUCGCAGUAUGUAUACGUCCGCCGAAGAGAUUUCCGCUCGAACUGCAUAGUCUUUGUCGACCCCUCGACAGCAAAGGACGUGGAUGAUGCUCUGCAUGUGCGAAAAUGUAGUCCAAAUACUUUCAAAGUUGGUGUGCAUAUUGCCCAUGUCUCCUUUUUUGUGUGA